GAUCACUCAUCUAAGAACAUAUUUUCAAAUAAAAUGAGACAUAUAGUUUGCUUGCUGGAUAUAAAUCCUGACUGUUUAGUGAAAAUAUUUUCAUUCUGCAGCGAAAAGGAUCUACAAAACCUUUGUAAAGUACAUUGGAUGCUGAGGCAAGUGAUUGAAAAUAACAUCUUUAGCAUCAAAACGCUAGACUUACUUAUGUGUGGUCGUCGCAAUAACCCGAUCAUAAUGCAACGCACCCAGUAUGCACUAUCUUUUGGCAAACGUAUGGAAAUUUCUAAGAAUUGGUUAAAUGGCUGCUAUCGUGAGCAACAAUACUUUCACCGUACUAAAAUGUUUCCAACCAAACUCUUUCUUGAUAAAGAAUGGCUGUACUUGUCCUACGCUUGUUAUAUUAGCCAACAUAAGCGUUUAAAGAAUGAAGCAGUUCAAAGGAAGUAUUUUCAUGAGAUUUCGUCAAAAAACAACAACGACAUAUCAGAUUUUACCAAGAAACAUGAGUCCAUAUUUGCUGGCAGAGUAUCAGGAGGCUGUUUUAUAUACGAAGAUGAGUGCAUGACGGAACAACAGCUGCAUUGUCCCAAAGAAUACUUGUGGUGUGUUGACUUUGAAAGAAAUUUAUAUGUUACAAGUACUGAUCACUGUUCUAAAAUAUGGAGAAGAUCAGAGGAAAUGGGAUUGCUACAUCUGGAUUUAGUAUCAAACUUGAACGGCUCAUACAAAGCUCUGCAGUUCAGUAAUGAUGGGUUUCGUCUUUACGGUGGUCUUUACGAUUCAAUUAUAGAUCGCCGUGCACUGCAUGAAAUUGAUGUGGAAAGGUAGGUCAAAGUAUAUAGACAUAUUUUU